GGGCUGCGGCCGGGGAUGCUCCAGCGCACGCGAUGGCCCCCGCCAUGCAGCCGGCCGAGAUCCAGUUCGCUCAGCGGCUGGCGUCCCACGAGAAGGGCAUCAGGGACCGGGCGGUGAAGAAGCUGCGCCAGUACCUCAGCGUGAAGACGCAGAGGGAGACAGGAGGUUUCACUCAAGAAGAACUUCUAAAAAUAUGGAAAGGGCUCUUCUAUUGCAUGUGGGUGCAGGACGAACCCCUUCUGCAGGAGGAGCUAGCGAACACUAUUUCCCAACUCAUCCAUGUUGUUAACAACUCAGAGGCUCAAUAUCUCUUCAUUCAGACCUUCUGGCAAACCGUGAAUCGAGAGUGGAAGGGGAUAGACACGCUGCACCUGGACAAGUACUACAUGCUGAUCCGUCUGGUCCUGAGGCAGUCCUUUGAAGUUCUGAAGCGAAAUGGCUGGGAAGAAAGCCGAAUCAAGCUUUUUCUAGAUGUCUUCAUGAAGGAAAUCCUGCAUCCUGAGAGUCAGUCUCCUAAUGGAGUGAAAUUCCACUUCAUCGAUAUUUAUCUGGAUGAACUGUCCAAAGUGGGAGGGAAAGAGCUUUUGGCAGAUCAGAAUCUCAAGUUUAUUGAUCCAUUCUGCAAAAUUGCUGCCAAGACUAAGGACCAUACACUGGUACAGACUAUAGCUAGGGGUGUUUUUGAAGUCAUUGUAGAUCAGUCUCCUUUUGUACCUGAAGAGACAGCAGAGGAACAGAAAACUAAAGUGAGUGACAGUGACCUCUCUGAGGGCGACGUAUCUGAAAAUGAGAUGACAUGGAGAAAAACAAACAGUAAGAGGAAGACAGCCCUGGGCAGGUAUCACUCCAGAAAAGAUGGAGUCGGUGAUGACAGUGAAAGAGGCGGGGGCGGAAGCUUGGAGGAUGCUGGGCCGCUUCUCCAGUUUGACUAUAAGGCUGUUGCUGACCGACUCCUGGAAAUAACCAACAGGAAAAACAUCCCUCCCUUCAACAGGAAACGUCUCUCCAGACUAAUCAAAAAAUUUCAAGGUCUCUCUGAAGCAGGCAGUAUACCUCAACUCAGUUUUGCCGAGGACAUUUCCGCUGAUGAAGAUCACCAGACCCUCAGUCAAGGAAGGCAUAAGAAAAAAGGAAGUACGCUUUUAGAGAAAACCAGCAUGGAGAAAGAGAAAGGAAACAGAUUCUUUCCUGCUGAGGAAGAGAAGGGUGAAGGCAGUGUUAAGAAGAAAAAAAGGAAAAAGAAGAAGAAGAACCACCUCCAGCCUGCACAUUUAGGGUCAGAGGGUGAAGCCACGUCCCCAGAACAGAAUGGGGACAGUGCGCCAGAGGCAGGUCCGAGAAGAGCCCAGAAAGCCAGUGUGGUUGAGCUGGGGGCAGCAGCUGUGCCCAGUCCCCUGGAGCAGGGCGGCUCAGAGCACCCCCUGACGCACAGUAGGAGGAAACGGCCGAGGAAGAGGAGUCCAGGGGUUCAGAGAGACAGCUCAGAGUCAGCGGUGUCACCUCUGGAGGAUGUGUCUCAAAGUGGCCCCUGCAGUGGUCGUGCUCAGGGACCUGUCCCCCGAGCCUCCCCAGUCCUGAAGAAGAAGCGGAAGCUUGGCGCUCUCCCAGUCAAUGGCAGUGGCCCGCCUGCGAUGGCCUGGCCCCCGCCCCAGAAGGAGGGCCCUCCAGUGGGCCCAGCGGAUGGAGGGGCUUGUCCAGCAGCCCUGCCCCAGGGCAGGAGACUGAAGAAGAAGAAGGGGGAGCCUAGCAGCCUUCACACUUGUGACCCAUCCAGUCAGAAAACCGCCAUCUUGAAAAAGAGGAAGAAAAUGAAAGAGAUGUCCAGCUUGGUGGGACACAGUGGAGUGUUGGAAUCUGAAGUCAAGCUCAUCCGGGCUCUGCAGGGCCUGCAUCAAGCUGGAAGAAUUGUCCUCGUGGCAAGGCAGGCACUGGUGCCCUGCAGUGUGAACAGGCAGGGCUCACCUGGAGCUUUCAGCCCUUCAAAGAAGCAGCAGCUGAGGACAGAGAACAACUUUGUGAAGUUUGACACCCCCUUCUUACCAAAGCCCCUGUUCUUCAGGAAAGCUAAGAGCGGCACUGCCGCCUCCUCUCCGAACCCUGCCGUGCAGCUAAACAAGAUGCCCUCCAGCUCCAAGAAGGUAACCUUCGGGUUGAACAGAAACAUGACUGCAGAGUUCAAGAAGACAGACAAGAGUAUCCUGGUCAGUCCCACAGGCCCCUCCCGAGUGGCCUUCAACCCUGAGCAGAGGCCCCUCCACGGAGUGCUGAAGACCCCCACGAGCUCGCCCGCCAGCGCCCCACUGGGGACCAGGAAGCUGCUGACUGCCACGCCAAAGAGAAGGCCGACAGCUAUGGACUUCUUCUAGGGUAGUGACAGAAUCCUUUUAAAGACUGCUUUUGUACAGAAUAUUCUAUAAAUUAUAACUUUAAAAAGGUGGGGCCUUUUUUAUUGUUUUAUAAAUUCCCAUAAAUUGUAUGUACAAGAUUCUGAGUAUGAGCUGCAACACUGCUGCUGCUCUGUCCUUCCGUUGGGGGCUGUGGGCAUCUUGGUUGAAGCUUUUGCUACAAACAGUGUUUGUGCCUGAGCUCUCCAGAUUUCACAUUUGAUUCCCCCUGGUGGGACCUGAGACCUGUAUGAGCUGAGAGCACACUGCCCAUCACUCUGGAUCACUGAUGCCGGCAGCACAGUCAGAGCUGGGAGUUGGCUCCUCGCCACCCAUUCAGUACCCAGAACUUGGUACUCCUUAAUGUGUGUGCCAUGCUAGGCUGGUUUUCUGGUUGUUUUCAGUCCAAGGGUCUAUCUUUUUCUUUUAAAAAGCAUGUGGGGGGGCCGGCCCCAUGGCUUAGCGGUUAAAUGUGUGCACUCCGCUGCUGGCGGUCCGGGUUCGGAUCCCAGGCGUGCACCGACACGCCGCUUGCCAGCCCAUGCUGUGGUGGCGUCCCAUAUAAAGUAGAGGAAGAUGGGCACGGAUGUUAGCCCAGGGCCAGUCUUCCUCAGCAAAAAGAGGAGGAUUGGCAUGGAUGUUAGCUCAGAGCUGAUCUUCCUCACAAAAAAAAAAGAAAAAAAAAGCAUGUGGGGCUUCAUUCCCAUGUUCUGUGGGUGUUUGGCAUUUGUGAUAGGGAUGUUUCCUGUAACCAAAUCAGCAAUAUGGUAGUUUUUCUACGUGUACGCAGCUGGGGGUGAACCUGCGGAUGGGGGCUGGGAGAAGGGCCUCUGCCAUGUGGGCAUCUCCCUUGCCUUUGCCUUGUUUCCUUCCCCGUUUUCCUACCUCUCAGGCCAGCCCAAAGUGUCCUCACUGGGGAGAGCCAGCGCCCUCCUUGGCUCUCACCCAGGACUCUGGCCCCGAGCACCAAGCACACUCCUUCCAGGUCAUUGUGCUCUGGACGCUCUUUACAGAUAGAUGUUUGAGCCAGCCACCUAAAUGGCUGGUGUCUCCAAAAGCAGCUUUCCCAAUUUAGAUUAAAACUUGUGUCUUCAGAAGCGUGGCAACAGUGUCUGGCAACCCGAGUUCCUGCUGGAAGGCAGAAUAAGCAGUCUUUAAGUAUUAUUUGUGCAUAUUUAUUUGUUCAUAGCUAUCUUUUAUCUGAAAUAUUGAAGCUUGCACUUACAGAUUUUUAUAAAGUUCUAAUUUCAAUUAAUUACAAACUGGGGGUGGAAGGCGCUGAGACUUUAGUUGGAGAAACAGCAGUGCAGCUUAGAGCAGUACUUGCUGGACGAUGAUCUUGUUUUGGGAAGCUGCGUCUGUCCCUUGAGCCUGAGUGAUGGAGAAGAUGCAGAUUCAGAAAUCGAGUCAAGUGGUCACCUCAGGAAAGCCAGUGGGGCCCCUGGCUCUUUCUGGAGUUUAUACAACAGCAGAUUACAGACCUAAAGAAGGGGUAUGUAAUUUGAGGGUACGUAGUUUUGGCUCACGGGUGCUCAGUGCAUCCCCGGCCUGCACUCUGCUCAGGGGACCCCGGGCCUUCCGGGAGUGAACGCUGCCUCCCCUUUCAGUCCAAUUUCUCAGCAAAACCCAGGCAAGCCCACUUCGCUGCUCCCCAGCAGAGGACCCCAGGGUCCCCUCGGUGGUCCCGGCCUCAGCUUCAGAUGACAGGGAGGCCCCCUGGGAUUGUAGGGCUGCCUUGCCUUGACUGGUUUCCUUGAGCACGUAAUUGGAGUGGGGCUUCAUCUGCAGAUACUGUGAUUGACUGACUGGGGUGUCAGGUGGGCCGACUUGCUGGUGGAGGCCCUGGUGAGAAGGAAGUGUGGACUUUGUUCUGUCGCUCUGUAAGACAGUUUUGUCAUCAGUAGGCCAUGAAAAAAGAAACCGUUAAGAUUGUGCUGUUCAGUAGUCGUUGUCAUGAGAAGUCUUACAUGCACGAUAACCUCGUGGUGGUGCUUGCAUGGUUUAGUGUGUGCAUUUGACAUAGUACUUUAAGUCACAUCCAAGACCAAAACUGAUAGUGUGGAAAGAUUAGAGUACAAUAUUUUUUAAUUUUUGUUUAAAAAAAAAAAAGUUUCAUUUCCUUGGUCAAAUUAUUUUUCUAACAAUUUUUAUUUUAGCUUUACAGAUGCGUCGUAUAGCCAACUGGGCCAUAUAAUCCAAUGAUGUUAAGAUGUCUUAGCACGACAUUCAAGGGCAAAAUGGCACAUUUGUUCCCCAAAUGAGUGCAGAGCAGUACAUCCUCUGUCCAUUCCUCGGCACAGUGGGCUGUCCUAAAUGCACCUCCUGUGACGUCAUGCCUGUGGCCUCGGGUCCAGGAGAGACAAUGUGUCUUGGAUUCAGUCUGUCCUAACUUACUCCAUUUUGUGGGUAAGUUCAAUAGGUUUACUGUGACUUAUUUUUAAUGCCUAAAUUUUGGCAACAAAAGAAAAACAAUUUUUUAAAUUUCUCAUGGCAUAUACACACAACAAGAAUGUGUCACAUAAAGAAAAUGUAUUUAGAAUACCAAUUUUCUAUUUGAUGCAUGUUAUUUUCCUAGGUAAAACUGCCAAGAGGACUUGGAAGACCAAAAAAGGAAAUAAUUUAAAUUAAUGCCGAUGAUCUUACAGUAUUUUGUAAAACGGUCAUCUACCUGCCUACCCCACAGGUCUGGUCAGUUUUGUACAAUUUGCUAUCACACUUUACAAAUGUAUUAUUCUUUCUAACUUUUACUGAACUGAAAGCACAGAGACGACUAUAAAGAAAAUCUGAAAGUGGUUGUUAGUGUUGGAAAGAAUAUAAAAAUUGAAUCCGUCUUUUGAUUUGCGUGUGUGUUUUCUCUGCAUUCACCUGACCGCCGGCAAGGGCUGUUUGUUCACAGUCGCUUUGUAUCAGUGUCUGCAGGGUUCGUCAAUACUGGUCAGUGCCAAGGCCAAUAAAAUAACCUGUCUUAGCCCUCAGA